UUCCAAAAAGGAAACUCCUCUGUUAUUUCUUGGCUUAGUAAACAAGUGACCCCUCAUCCGAAUGUUCCGUCUUUCCGUCGUCCGUGCCUUCAAGGUUGCUCGAGCAACACAUCAACCAACGGACCUGCUGGCGCCGCCGAACAGAUAUUACGCAAGAGCAUUCUCUGACAAAGCCAGCCCAUCUUCGUCAAGGCACAGCGUAGUCACCUCAUUAACCAAGACAUGUCCGUCGUGUGGGGCUGUUCUUCCAACUGCGUUGCCUGUCUGUCCAAGCUGCAAUUAUAUUGCAAGGAUUCACGACUCAAUAUCGUACCACGAUAUAUUGGGCCUUCCUUAUAAACCCAACCCGUUUUCGGUGGAUGCUGCGCUCCUUAAACGCCGCUUCCUUGAAGCACAGAGAAUAUCUCACCCAGAUGCAUGGGCAACUAAGAGUGAAUCCAAACGAGAUACCGCACUUCACGUGUCCAACGCGGUGAACACUGCGUACAAAGCACUGUCGUCACCAUUGCACCGUAUAGAAUACAUUUUGCAGCGGAAUGGCUUCCAGACUGAAGAAGUGGACCCCUUAGAGGAUUUGGAACUCAUUAGCGAGAUAAUGGAGGUCCGAGAGGAGAUAGAAGCUGGGGGCAUCGAGCGAAUCCGCGCCUUAGAAGUGGAUAAUGACAACAAAAUGAGCGAAGUUCUGAGCAUAAUCAAUAGAUCUGUAGCCGAAAACAACUGGGAGGAAACCAAAGCUGCUGCAGUGCGACUGAAAUAUCUGAAUGGAAUUGCGGAUGCUAUCAAGCAGCGAUUAGACAACAUGUAAACAGAUUAUACAACACCUCGUUGUUCACUUAUUACAGUGCACUUGUUGCGUUCAUCCUUCGAGCCUUGUAGCUUGAGCUCAAUACGAAGGAACGACUAUAUAUUUCCCUCCGAUUGGUC